CAGCUGAGAAAACAUGGCUGCGCCCAGUCGGCGUUUAUGCACGCUGAUUCGAUUGCAAGAAAAUUCACACUUUCCCUUGAUAUGUAAUUCAUGUAUAAGAUACAUGUCCGGAGGUCCUCCUGAUGGACAUGUGUCGCCUCCUGGUUUCAUUAAGAGGUACAUCGUUGACCACAUCGUCAACUUUGUGUCCAAGAGGACAGAGAAGCUUGAACGGAGAUAUCCGAAAGUGUUUGAAAUCUACAGAACGUUUAGAACAGGCAGUUCCACUUUUGUGAGUGAGACCAAGGACUACUACAAUGUCACCACGGAGUUGUGGGGAGGCCGCUCACUCGGGACCUUCUCCAGACAUCAGCUAGAAGUCUACAAACAGAUGCCCAGGGACCUGUUUCGUAUCGCCCCUAUACUGCUGAUCUCUGUGCUCCCAGGGGGAGGGGCAAUUAUAGCACUAGCGUAUUUGUAUCCCCGGUUCUUCCUGUCCCAUCACUUCUGGACACAGAAGCAGAGGGAGAAGUUCUGGAGUCAGAAUCUGGAGUCACGUCUGCACCAUGCGUCGGCCAUCUUGGAUUGGACCAUCCGACAGAGUAUCCAUGUCCCAAACCAGAAGAUGAGAGAUAAACUUGUUCGUGUUGUACAGAAGCUAGAGCAUGCUGUUCAGCCAAGUAUGGAAGAACUCCUGGAGGUGUUACCUCUGUUUGCUUCAUUCCCCUACCAGACAGACAGGAUGGCCGGAGUGUACAUGAGGCAUUUAGCCCGGUCUUUGAACUUCUGGCCGAUACGAUCUCGACUAUACCAGGACGCGAUGAUCCUGUUGUACGCUGACCUGGCCAUGGUGGGCGAGGGCAUCGACAACAUGGAGGAUUUCGCCCUGGAGAAGGCUUGCUUCCUGAGGAGUUUGAAUCCAUUUGGCCUGACAAGAGAAGAAAAAAUAGCUUAUUUAAAAAACUGGACAAAGAUCAGCCAAGAAAUUGAUGAGUCAAACAUCUCUUUCUUACUCCACUGUCCCGCUUUCCUGGCCGUGGUCCAUCCCAACAACCUGCAGCUGCUUGGAGGCAAGAGGUCAUUCUGGAGGAAGAAAACCGGGGGAUGAGCGCUGGGUGGUCAUGUGACUGUCAUGUGAUCAUUACAGACUGGCUGUGAUAUAUAGAUAAAUAUAACCCUUCUCCUGUGACCUUGAACUAUGGGAGGACAACUGAGUUACUUGGCCAGUGGUCUUGGUAUUUGUAGUCUAGACUUCACUCAGCCAAAUAUGGCGGUUCUAUAUCAAGCAGACAUUAUAAUUAUUAUCCAGCUCCUGUGAGCAAUUCAUUUGUUGUAUCUUUUACUACUCAUCUGAUUUAUCUGCAAUUCACUAUGCAGAGUUGCGUCCCUUGGGCAUGCAAGAAACCUAUGAUUGUAGGAUCAAAUCCCGGUUCGCCCCGAUUAUGUUUCUAGGUUUGUCAGCACCAUACCCGAAGUGGUAAACAUCUGAGACCUGCAUCAUUUCAGGCUUUCGUCCCACAUUAAGCUGAGAUGCCGUGAUAUAACUGGAAUACUGUUAAAAGUGGUGUUAAACACAACUCACUCACUCACUCACUCAUCUGAUUUAUGUGGUGUAGUAUGGUACGCAGAACUCAGAAGAUAAAUUAUAAAAAUAAUUAGGAUCGUUGCAGAAGUUGGUUAUUAUUUUACAUGAUAAAGAGAUCCAGGUUAGAAUAGGUCUUCAACAACCCACACUUGCCAUAAGAGCCUGCUGUGCUUGUUGUAAGAGGCGACUAACUUUCCUCAUUUGAAAUCCCCAGCAGUCUAUACUGGUCGACACAGUGUGACCAGUGGCCAGGCUUGGUUACCUGGUGAAUACUGUUAAAAUGGGUGUUAAACCCAACUCACUCACUCAAGCUGAUUUAGAAUGAAUCGACCACCCACAUGGUCAAGUGGAUAGAGCACCUGCCUAGAGAGCGAAAGGUCGGGGGUUCAAUCCCUGGCAGUGUCAUACCAAAAGAUGCUAAAAGACGGUAUUGUUACCCAGCCUGGCGCUCAGCUGUGAGGGGA